UUAAAACCCAAUUGGACAUGUGAGACCGGUCUGAUCCGGUUUACACACAUCGUUACCGAACUUACCGUUGCUAGUGGCGUUGAUGAUACUCAUAGUGAUGAGGUUCGAUUUCAAAGCUCAUGAAACGCAUCAAUGUCGAUCUCCGUCUUCUCCAUUUUCCGAAAUUCAGAAAAUUUCAAUCACGAAAAGUAUCUUCUUCCCUACCCAAAUUGGAACUCGAUCAGGAUUCACCACAGGAGACAGCUUUCGUGCUUGGUCAGGUACUUGACACUUACCCAGAUCUCAGAACACUUAGAACAGUCCACUCCAGGAUCAUUAUGGAAGAUUUACGCUACAAUUCGUCUUUGGGUGUUAAACUUAUGAGAGCUUAUGCUUCUCUAAAAGAUGUAGCAUCAGCACGUAAGGUGUUCGAAGAAAUUCCUGAGAGAAACGUAAUCAUCGUUAAUGUUAUGAUCAGAAGCUAUGUGAAUAACGGCUUUUACCGUGAAGGUAUUCAAGUGUUUGGGAAGAUGUGUGGAUGUAAUGUUAGACCUGAUCAUUACACUUUCCCGUGUGUUUUAAAGGCGUGUUCUUGCUCUGGGGAUAUUGUCAUUGGCAAGAAGAUUCAUGGGUCUGCUACAAGAGUUGGGCUCUCUUCGACUUUGUUUGUUGGGAAUGGUUUAGUUUCUAUGUAUGGAAAGUGUGGAUCUUUAUCUGAAGCAAGGCUUGUACUUGAUGAGAUGUCAAGAAGAGAUGUGGUCUCUUGGAACUCGUUAGUUGCUGGUUAUGCGCAAAAUCAGAGAUUUGAUGAUGCUUUGCAAGUUUGUAAGGAAAUGGAGUCUGUGAAGAUAAGCCAUGAUGCUGGCACGAUGGCUAGUCUGUUAGCUGCAGUGAGCAAUACAACUCCUGAAAACGUUAAAUAUGUUAAAGAUAUGUUUUUCAAAAUGGGGGAAAAGAGUUUGGUUUCGUGGAAUGUGAUGAUCGGUGUGUAUAUGAAAAACGCGAUGCCUGUUGAAGCCGUGGAGUUGUAUUCCCGAAUGGAGGCUGAUGGGUUCGAACCUGAUGCAGUCUCAAUCACAAGUGUUUUACCUGCUUGUGGAGAUACAUCUGCUCUGUCUCUUGGUAAGAAAAUCCAUGGAUACAUUGAGAGGAAGAAGCUAAUACCAAAUCUGUUGUUAGAGAAUGCACUGAUCGAUAUGUAUGCCAAAUGUGGAUGUCUAGACAGAGAGAGAGAUGUGUUUGAGAACAUGAAGUCACGUGAUAUUGUGUCUUGGACAGCUAUGAUUUCAGCUUAUGGAUUCAGCGGGAAAGGCUGUGACGCAGUGGCAUUGUUUUCGAAAAUGCAAGAUUCGGGUCUCGUCCCUGAUUCAAUUGCGUUUGUCACAACGCUCGCUGCUUGUAGCCACGCAGGUUUACUAGAAGAAGGUCGGAGUUAUUUCAAACUCAUGACAGAUCAUUACAAGAUCACUCCUAGGUUAGAGCAUUUGGCUUGUAUGGUGGAUCUUCUUGGCCGAGCCGGGAAAGUGAAAGAAGCUUACAAAUUCAUACAAGAAAUGUCACUGGAACCAAAUGAGAGAGUUUGGGGAGCCCUAUUAGGAGCUUGCAGGGUGCAUUCUGAUACAGACAUCGGUCUACUAGCAGUUGAUAAACUUUUCCAGUUAGCACCAGAGCAAUCGGGUUACUACGUAUUGCUUUCUAACAUAGACGCAAAGGCUGGAAGAUGGGAAGAAGUGACAAGCAUCAGACAUAUAAUGAAGAGCGAAGGGUUAAAGAAGAAUCCCGGAUCAAGCAAUGUUGAGGUCAAUGGAGAAAUUCAUACAUUCUUAGUAGGCGACAGGAGACAUCCGCAGUCCAAAGAGAUAUACAGAGAGCUGGGUGUUUUUGUAAAGAAAAUGAAAGAGUUAGGUUAUGUUCCUGAUUCAGAAUCAGCACUUCACGACGUAGAAGAAGAAGAUAAAGAGACGCAUUUAGCUGUUCACAGUGAGAAGUUAGCCAUUGUGUUUGCUCUCAUGAACACAGUGGAAGAAGACAGUAAUAACGCCAUAAGAAUAACGAAGAAUCUUAGGAUUUGUGGAGAUUGUCAUGUUGCAGCAAAGCUUAUCUCGCAGUAACUUCUCGUGAGAUCAUCAUCAGAGACACCAAUAGAUUUCAUGUGUUCCGGUUUGGUGUUUGCUCUUGUGGUGACUAUUGGUGACCGAGAAACUAAAUGUUAAACAAAAAAAACAUUACAGAUCAAAACGCAGCGUUUUGAUGAUGGUGAGAGUUACACUUUUCAAGAUCUUUUUGGGUUUAGACCAAUGAGAAUAUGACACGUUAUAACUGGUUAUGAAAAAUUCACCAAAUAGAUAGGCUAAGCCUUCUUCUUCUUCAGCUUCUGAGCUCAGGACUAAGAGAUAGAGAGAUAGAGAGAUAGAGAGCGAAAGGUUAGAGAUAACAGUAGUAUUACCGAUGAUUGAGUCGGUUAUGGCCUUACGUCUCUCCAACGGAUUUGCUUGGUAUUACUUUGCAGAGUAUUCGACCUCGGAAGAAGGAGGAAGUUGCUUUCAUUAUGCUUCUCGCCGCGUUUUUCAGCCUCAACGUCUAAACCAUAUUGAUGGGAGUGGACUUCUGAAGUACAAAGGUGACUAUUUAACAAAAAAAACUCCCAAGGAAGCAUCGAAUUCAAGCCACAGCAGAGUACGUAGAUUCAGCUUCAGAUCCAGAAAAGCAAACUUGCAAAUCAAGGUAUCAUCCUUCAGAAGAAAUCAGAACCUCCUUGCCACAGAAUGCCGGAGAUUCCAGGCUUUCACCAGCAGAAAAUACUAGAACCAUCAUUGAGGUG